UUGGAGCACGGGGUAUCGGCUAUAGGAGACCAUAUGUCUGAACAUGUUACCAUUCUAACUUGGACUCUUUGAUUGCAGACUUCGCCGCGAGUGACCGUGGCUGAGAAUAGGCGCUCCUGGUUGGGAUUUCGUAAGCGUAAACUCACCUGUAUAGACAGCCAUACCGCUCGUACGAUGUAGGCAUUGUGUUCUCAUAGGCACAUUCACUGGCGACUCAAUAGGCCUCUGCAAGAAAAUCGGGUUCAGCGUCAGCCUAAGAUAAGUAAUGCAAUAUUGAUGUUGAUCCUCAUGUUACGGCACCUUCGUCCGCCUCUGGGCUCUUCAUUAGUGAGACAACUCCGAUGGUACGUAUAUAUACUGACCAGAGUGUAAUUUCUGAUGAGCAGCAUAUGGUUUUGAAUGUGACUGUAAGAGGCGCAGUUCCAUCAUGCUGAAACCCAACCAUAUUCUCCGAGUUCUCAGAAUCCUUUCGUUGCCGCAAUAUCGAAUGUCGAGCACCGUUUCAACGUGUCUCAGACACCCUGAUCACAUUUUUUUAGAUGCUCCACCUCCACCACCACCUUGGAUCGGAUCCGUUUCAUCCUUACAGGACCAAACAUCGACUAUUUCGGCACAAUUGGAAUGGACGAAGUCCAAAGAAGGUGACGAGAGUCUCUACAGAGUGCUUUCGAGGCUCCAGGCAGCCCUUCGUUCUGUUCACAAACGAAAGAUGAUGUGGCCAGCAGAGGAAUGCAUUCCAUCUGAUUUUUCGCCAAGCGAAUACUUGAUGAUGCUCCUACGGCCUAUAGCAGACAUCUUCAACCAAUUGCACUCCCCUGACGUGCUAAAAACACCCAUGGAGUGCAUAAGUGUUGAUCUUGGUGACUCAGAAGACCUCGAUCUCUGGAAAAUUGCUGCUCCGGUUGUUUUGUCGCUGCCCAACGAUUUGUUCAAUUCCAACGGUGAAGUGUCUUCACGGGUUCAGUCUGCUCUCUCAAAAACGCUAGCAUACCAGCCGUUGGUCCCCUCCAUCAUCGUGACGAACUUUAAGGAUAUCGUCGUCUUUUUCCCUCCUGAUUACAGGCGUCCGGAGCACACUUACCAAAAGGUACUGACGAGUCAGCCCUCUUUGGCCUUGCGAGUCAUCACCACCGCGUAUGUUCAGGAUGCGCUCCCAGGCGGAGAGUAUAUUGCAGUACCACCACCUGAUAUAGAAGUUGACGAAAGUCUCAUUCUUCCGGAAGGACCACCAAAAGAUCCGAACCAACCUUUGGCAUCAGACGAAGAAGUCUUUGCAACACAUCACCGCCAUUCUGACUUUGACAUUGCAACGUUGAUACGAGACCGCGCUCGAGCGCUGCAAUUCUUCCGUUGGCAUGAACACGUACAAAGGCAAUACUCCAAAGUUGUCGCACAUCCCAAUGACACACUCAACGCUAUGUCAAAUGAGGCUGGACAAAUCGUUCCAGACAUUAGCCCGGUCUAUCCCUUCGACUUCUCUGAAAUGCCAACAGAUACGAUGACGCAUCUCAAGUCGGUACAGCGCGAUUCACCUCUCAUGACCGCAGGAAUUACCGAACUGUUCGAGAAGAGCAAGUCCUUCGAACUAAGGAUUCAGGACGUCCUCUCGGAAGGCUCGAAGCAUAGCAUGUGUACCGUUUAUCGUUGUCACAUCACCUCUAUCGACAACAAGCCAGUGUCAUCUCCGACGCUGUGUCUCAAGCUGUUUGACGACCGGUUCCAGUUUCUGCAUAAUCCAACUGAAUAUGAAGAUGAACUGGAUGAACCUCUUCCUCGUUGGUUCGAUCGGGUGCUAUUCGCCGAGUCAUACGCUCUCAACGAAGCUUUCGCUUAUGACAAGCUUCGAAUAGUACAAGGGACGGUUGUCCCUUGGUUCUACGGGACGCAUCAGUUUACGCUCCCAGACGGAACGGUGCUGUAUGGUCUCCUAAUGGAAUACAUCGAGGGUUGGGCACUUGACUCCGAAUUUGCGCGCAAAUUGAGUGCUGAUAGGCAAAUUAAAAUGAUCGAAAGUUGUCGGCAUGCAGCCCGUGUUCUGGAUCUUGCCGACGUCAGCCAACGAGAUUGGCACGACGGCCAAAUUAUCCUCUACACGAACCCAACAACCGAACUUGACCACGCCGUUCUGAUUGACUUCGCUUCGACGACUCAGACAUGGUUGCCUGACGAAGUGAACUACAUCGCGAAUUACUUCGGCGUUCUACAUGUCUUAUUGGGCGGACAAGGAGAUAUUGGAUUGGAUACAGAACUCGUAUGGAAGCACUUUGGGGAACCAGACGAUUGGGAUCCCCUCGAAGUGUGGAUUCCUACGGGUCCGACUAGGAAGAUAAUGAGAGUUGUUAAAGCCAAGGAAAUGUUUCCGUAUAUCUCUUCCGCUUAGCCCGGUAAUCUUCCUGUAUGGGUCCUUGACUGUUUACUCACCGCACACAAAAUAUCAGAACUGUCAACUCACCGCGGUUGCUGGCAACAGCAAUCGCAGUCAGUUUCACGCCCACGCCCUCUCGAUCGGGAAGCUUUCCUUCCUUUCGAGUAAUAUGUUGCGUUCGGAAGCGAUAUGCUGGCAUGUAAGUACUGUAUCGCGUGUACCUGAGUGAUGCAACUGUACAGCCGAGGUAGACUCCAAGCCCGAAAAUAUACAGUUCCAGCUGGUGAUCCGUCGAAUCUCACACAA